CGAGAGAAGGCGGGGCAGGAUUGCAGAAAGACCAUCCGAAACCCGAUCUCGGAAUUUCUGUUCGCAGCCUCUUAGGCAGGCCGGGGACGGGGCUGAAAUAGCCCAGGUCGGCCUGGACGGGCCUCGCCUUCCAAGAGUCUGCGCUGAUUGGCGGCGGUGGGAUCUCGAGGAGCCAAUCAGAAGUCAGGACUCUCGGUCCCGGACGAGGGGCGGACCCAGGAGCUGUGAGUCAGGCGAGACCUCCGAUGUAGAGCGCAAGACUGCGGCUAGAGUCCCUGGCUGCUGGAGAGCGGGAGUCACCUCAGGACCUCGGGUCGUUGCGGAAAUAAUGUCAACUGGAGAUGGUCAGCAAUCACAGGCUCUUACCAAACCCACUUUCAGUGAGGUACAAGCCUCUGCAUUAGUGGAAUCGGUAUUUGGAUUAAAAGUUUCCAAGAUCCAGCCACUUCCUAGCUAUGAUGACCAAAACUUUCAUGUAUGCAUUUCAAGAACCAAAGACACUACAGAUGGCCCAAACGAGUAUGUCCUCAAAAUAAGCAACAGCGAGUCAAGCAAAACUCCAGACCUGAUUGAAGUGCAGAGUCACAUCAUCAUAUUUCUGAGAGCGGCUGGAUUUCCAACGGCCUCCGUGUGUCGUACUAAAGGAGACAACAUAACCUCUCUCAUGUCAGUAGAUAGCGGCUCUGAAAUCAAAAGUUACUUGGUGAGGCUGCUGACUUAUCUCCCAGGAAGACCUAUAGCUGAGAUUCCCAUCAGCCCCCAGCUAUUAUAUGAAAUUGGAAGGGUAGCUGCCAAAUUGGAUAAAACACUGGAGAAAUUCCAUCACCCAAAGUUAAGUAGUCUUCAUCGGGAGAACUUCAUCUGGAAUCUGAAAAAUGUUCCUCUUUUGGAGAAAUACCUGUAUGCCUUGGGCCAGAAUCGGAAUCGAGAGAUGGUUGAACAGGUUGUUCAGCUGUUCAAGGAUGAAGUAAUGACCAAAUUAAGUCAUUUUCGAGAAUGUAUCAAUCAUGGAGAUCUUAACGACCAUAACAUUUUAAUAGAGUCCAGCAAGUCAGCCUUUGGAGAUGCUGUAUAUCAAGUGUCUGGGAUUUUAGAUUUUGAUGACAUGAGCUAUGGCUACUAUGUGUUUGAAGUGGCAAUCACCAUCAUGUACAUGAUGAUUGAAAGCAAGACUCCUAUACAAGUAGGAGGUCAUGUCCUUGCAGGGUUUGAAAGUAUAGUCCCACUGACACCUGUGGAGAGGGGUGCUUUGUUUCUACUUGUAUGCGGUCGUUUUUGUCAGUCACUUGUCUUAGCUGCACACUCUUGCCAGCUAUACCCAGAGAACGAAGAGUAUCUCAUGAUUACUGCAAAAACUGGGUGGAAGCACUUGCAGCAAAUGUUUGACAUGGGUCAGAAAGCUGUAGAAGAAAUCUGGUUUGAAACUGCCAAGUCCUAUGAAUCUGGGAUCUCCAUGUGACCAGAUAAAAAUUCACACUAACUUGGGUAAUUAAAAACCAAUAGGAUCAAAUCUAAUUCCAUAAAGGGUUUCCCUGCAUAGUUAAAGAUGAAUUGAUGAAACAUUGCAAUGCACAUGAAACCACUAAGGUCUUCUAGCAAUUUCAUGACCAUUUUUUAAACCUAAGAAAGUACUACAUGAACAAGCAUGUCUUUCUAUGGGUCUCACUUGCCUUGUGUAUCAAAUGUGUAGAGUGAUAUUCUGAAUCAGAUAAUCUCUCAAGGUCUGUUGCAGCCCUGAGAUCAAUGAUUUUUUUAAACUUUGAAAGGAAUAUAUAUGUAUAGACAUAUUCACAUAUUUUAAAUAAGUGGAUGUAACACGCAGACCUAGUUAACAUAUCACCAACUCUAUGAAGCCUUCUCCCAUCUCUUUGUUGUCCAGAAUCCCAUUGUACCCUGUCUUCUGUAUGGCACAUCACUUGGUAUCAUGGAUGAUGGCUGUGUAGUCAUCUAGCCUAAGAGCUAUUUGAGGGCAAAAACUAUGUAAAACUUUUUUUGUCUUUCAUCCCUUCUUACACCCGGUAUAGUGCCUUUCCCAUGGUCUUUAAAAAUAUUUACAAAAUUAAUGUAUCCUAGAAGAAAGGCUGGAGAAAAUAAGGCACACAUAAUGCCUUAGGAGGAAACACAGAUGGUAUUCAUAAGAGAAAGCUUUAACUUGUUUGAGAGAGCAGUUGAAACUGUAACUCCACAGAUAGAUGCCAGAACUCACUGGAACUUCAAGGAAGCAAAUAACACACCCAGGCAAGGCCACUAACUCCUGAAGUACUGAAAUAGUUUUCACAUCGAUACUAAGAAAGACCCUAAGCGGAUAUUUUUAAAUUCUCUACAAUUUAUGUUUCUUUUCUUAUGAAUAUGUAACAUUGAAGAACAUAGCUCACAUGUACUUGACUUUAAUCAUACCACUGUAUUUCCUUCACUGAUUUCUCUUCAUGUCCCCCUUAGUAUGAUAUAGUAAAUAGCUGUUUACUUCUUGUCAUUUUAACCCUCCAUUCUCUACAGAUGACUCAAGUCUAGAACCCUGGCCAUUCAAACACCUUCUCAGUAGUUAUCUCUUUCAAUAUAAAUGAGAACACAUUGAUUCUGUAUCUCUCCAUCUAAUGACCUACCUAUAGAGUUAUCUAUACUCCCCAAACUAGGUCUCUCUCUGAAUUUUCUUGUAUCAUUCUUAUAUUCACCUUUAACUUCUCUGCACCUCAAUUUCCUUAUCUGUAAAGGUGAAGUAGUACCUAUCUUAUAGUGCCUGUAGUACCUCAUAGAGUUAGUUGUGAGGAUUUCUUAGAAAUUAAUGCAAAGUUCUUAGCACAGGGCUUGGCACAUAGAAAAGACUUAAUAAAUACUUACUAAAUGAAUGAACCAGGUUACCCAAACCCAAAAUAUUGGAGAAGUUUUCUUUUUGCCUCUCUCAUAUCCAAUCAGUGAUCUGAUUCUUAGGAAUCAGAAUUUUAGAUCAGUAAACGAUGAUCAAAUCCCUGUCCUUCCUGCCUUACUGUUUAACAAUAUAUAAUAAAAACAAAUAUUUAUUGA